AUGAAGUUACUGGAACGAGAAAUUAGAAUCUUGCGCCUCAUAUCUCAUCCAAACAUUAUUUACCUGGAGAAGGUCUACGAGACACCAAAGAACCUGUACCUGGUGCUCGAACUUUGUACGGGCACUUUGGCGAAGGAGUUCUACGAGCGCCGGCCGUUCAGCGAGGCGGACACCCGCGAGGUGAUCCGCAAGCUGGCCAGUGCGGUCGCCUAUCUACACAGCAAUGGCAUCGUGCACAGGGACCUGAAGCUGGAGAAUAUCCUGCUGACAACGAACCCGGACGACCCAGAGGACAAACUCUACAUCAAGGUGACCGACUUCGGGCAGAGCGUCGUCCGCAGCGGAGUCGCCUACGACCAGAUGCUGCACGAGCGCUGCGGCACCAUGGCCUACAUGGGCAAGGAAGAAAUUGUCCAGGUUGUGGGGCAAGUUGUUAAAGUUGCAAGGCAAGGUGAUAUAGUUUUGAGACAAGUUAAUGGUGUUUGGGGCAAGCUGAUGCAGUUUUUGAAGUCACAGCAGAGACUCCUGUGUCCAGCUCCCGAGGUAAUGGAAUUGCGCAUGUACUCGCACCAGUGCGACGUGUGGUCCAUGGGCGUCAUCACGUACCUGCUGCUCGUCGGUGACUUCCCGUUCACCGGCGACAGUCCGGAACAGCUCAGGCAGCGAGUACUCAACGACGAACUACGCUUCGGUCUCGUUGUGAAGUCCAUGUGCAACACAUCACCGCCCCCGUCGGCUCAGCUUCCAGUUCCACCUCAGUGA